CUUCUAAUACUACUCUCAACUCUCAACUCUCCACCAUUGAGCCUCAAAUCUUUCUCUUUCUUUUCUUUUUUCAAAUUUCUCUUAUGGAGCUUAACAAUAACCCUUUGAUCACUCAAUCAAUGUUUUUAUCUGACAAUUACUCAAAUAAACCAUCCAAGAACAUAGAUGGGUUAUUCCCUUUUGAAAUAGCAUCAUCAUCAUCAAAAGGGUUUCUUCAAGAUUUUCAAAAUUUUGAUCAAAUAUAUGCAAAUGGGUCUUCUUUAACUCCAAUGUUUGGGGUCCAAACUGGGUCAAAUUUUGAAUCUUUUGAUGCUUUUCCAUAUGGAUCUUCUUCGACAAAUAUGGAUUAUUUCUAUGAUUAUGAGUGCAAACCAUUUGCAGCUGAGCAUAACAAAGGAGGUCAUGGUCAGGUUAUGGAUAACUUCUCAUUAACCCUUCCUAAUCGGAGUAAUAAUCCGACAGACAUUAUGGGAUCAAAUCAAGGACAUAUGUCCUUAAACUUGCAGGGAAUGGAAGGUAUAAAUUUUCUUGUACCAGAUGAAGUCUCAUGUGUUACUGCUAAUGAUAAUACUCAUUACCAGAAGAAAAUCUGUGUGAAUAAUAAUAAUUAUAGGGCACAGCCUUCUACAAAAAGGACUUGCAAAGAGCGCAAGAAGCACAAUGUGGUGAAGGGCCAAUGGACCAUUGAAGAAGAUAGGCUGUUGACUCAGCUGGUUGAAAAGAAUGGACUGAGAAAAUGGUCUCAUAUUGCUCAAAUGUUACCAGGAAGAAUUGGAAAACAGUGCAGAGAGAGAUGGCACAACCAUCUGAGGCCUGACAUCAAGAAGGAUGUAUGGAGUGAAGAGGAGGAUAAGGUACUGAUACAGGUCCAUGCAGAAAUAGGAAACAAAUGGGCAGAAAUUGCGAAGAGGUUACCAGGAAGAACUGAGAACUCAAUCAAGAACCACUGGAAUGCUACAAAAAGAAAGCAAUACUCAAAGAGAAAAUGUCGUUCAAAGAACCCAAGAGGCUCUCUUCUUCAAGAUUAUAUCAAGAGCUUGAAUUUAGACUCAUCAGCUCCUCCACCAACUGGAAUAAGAUACCAGCCGCCGAAAAGCUCUGCUAAUAGUUAUGCUAUGGAUUAUAGUACAAUAACCAAAGUAGCAGCAAACCAGCCACAGAAGAAUAAUACAGUAGAGUUUUGCCAGAAUAAUAACGAUAAUAUAAGGUUGGUUCCAAAUUCUUGUGAUGAUUUUAAUGCAGAUUUUGAUUUUGAUGAGAAGUUUUUUGAAGAGGGUUGCUGCAGCUUUGAUUCGCUUCUUGAUGAGAAAAGCUUUGAAAUGGAUGUAAAUCCAUUGAUGGAUUUUGAAGUGAAGAAGGAGCUUGAUUUAGUGGAGAUGAUUUAUCAAACCAAUGUGUAAUUCAGGCUCUAAUAAAACCCAUAAUUCACUAUAUAUACAUCAUUGGUAGACAUUGCUAUAUAUUUUAAUAGCUUG